AUGUCAUACCAAUAUCCUCCCCCUCCAGGUUCUGGCCAGCCGGCGCAACAGGCACCACAACAGCAUUAUGCUCCUCCUCCUUCAACAUCACCGCAACAAGCUCAAUACUCAUACCCACCUCCACAGCAACAAGGUUCUCCAGCUCACGCUACUUCGUACCCUCCUCCCCCGCAACAGCAUGGCUCUCCUCCGCAAGCUCAGUCAUACCCACCCCCACCGCAGCAACAACAACAAGCGCCUCAGCAGCAGCAAUACACUUCCCCACCAAACUUCUCACAACACCGCACGUCUUACCAACAAGCUCCAGCCCAAGCAGCUCCACAACAGCACCAACAGCAACAAGCAGCACUUCCUUCUUAUCAGGAACCGCCCCAUAGCUCGGGGUACCCAGAAGAAAAGCCAGCCUUGGACGUGAGCAAGACGAGUAACCUGGAUCAUGGAGCACCAGCUGCUGGCCAUUUCGUGGGCGCCAGCACGACCGUAGAUGACAUUGGAACUUUCAAUGGAGGUAGCUACCGCAUUAGCCACAGGGACUCGAACAGUAUCGUGACGAUUCAGCUUGCUAUGGGAUGUCCUUUGACUGCUAAGCCAGGUGCUAUGAUUGCAAUGACCCCAACCAUAACACUCAAAGGAGCAAUUAAAUUCUCCAUGAAGAAGCUCCUCGGCGGCGACAUAUCAGUUUCCACAUAUACCGGUCCUGGCGAAUUACUCCUCGCGCCAACUGCUCUUGGCGACAUUACCAAUAUCCGACUUUCAGGCGAUGAGCAGUGGUCUGUUGGGAAGGAUGCGUUUCUUGCCUGCACUCAGGGUGUGGUGAAAGAAUAUAAGCGACAAGGUAUCGGAAAGGCUAUGUUUUCCGGAGAAGGUCUGUUUGUAUACAAGAUAAGUGGAACUGGUAUUCUGUGGAUUACUAGUUUUGGCGCAAUUAUUAGGAAAGAUUUGGCGGAUGGUGAGAAGUAUAUCGUUGAUAAUGGCCACCUGGUGGCUUGGAACACAAAGUAUAUACUCGAGCGAGUGGCUUCGGGUGGCAUUAUUUCCGGGCUCUCUUCUGGGGAAGGAUUGGUGUGCAAGUUUACUGGGCCCGGAACUGUAUUUUUACAGACUAGGAAUCCUGCUGCUUUUGCUAUGUGGAUGUCUGCGAAUGCUGCAACAGCAUAA